AAAAGAAGGUUCCAUAGCACUAGCAGCACUAUUUGGUACCGAGAUUAGUUAUCUGCAAAUGCAUAUAGAGUGCUUGUUCGAUAAUCUGGUUCCGGCAAUGGUCUCUCUUUUAAGUGGAAUGCCUAAACUGAAGACUUUGUACCUGAAGACUGACCAAUUCUCCUUCUCCCCUGAAUAUAAAUCAUCUGGGUUUGGUAUGGCAUACUGGAAAUCGCAAAAACUUGCUUUUAUUAAUCAGGUUAAGGUGGUGUCCAUUGAGCUUUGCAGUGGGUCCAAUGGAUUUGAGCUAGCAAGGUAUAUCCUCGAGCAUGCUCAGAACUUGAACAAACUGGAAAUCAUUCAUUCUGCUGAGCAAUCUAAUGCUAUAAGGGAGUUAAACGAAAGCAAGAGGGUUUCAAACGCCGCAUUUGUCUUUGAGGAAGAUCGACAAAGAGGGACAAGAAAACAAGGUACCCCUGCAUUCUGGUCGUUUGCCCAAAUGCUGCGGGGGCCUUGUUCUAUCGACUCGAUUCGUCAAUGAAUUUUGAAGGACAUUGUAAUCCUUAAACUGUUUCUUCUUUGUGUACUUGUGUACUGUGUGUAUUAGCUGAACUGAACUAGUAGUUUUGGGUAAAAUGUGUUGUGUGUUCAUUGGCUAAUUUUGUUGUUUGAUAAUUUGCGUUUGAUAAAACGAUUUGA